AUUUAAAUUCUUUUGGCAACUCCUGGUAAAAACGUCAUAUUUCAAAUUACUGUGUUGCUAAUCCUCAGCAGAAGGUAAACAUGGCUGCUUCUUUAGAAAGUGUGAUUUUGAGUUUGUUGCAAAAUACGACAAAUGAAGGUCAGGCUGAGGGUUUCAAGCAGAUUCAGAACUUAUUUAAAGAUCCAGCAGUAAACAUUUCUUUGUGUAACUGUAUGACCCAAUCUGAAGAUCCUCAUGUGAGAAAAUAUGCUGCUCUUUUAUUACGUAGAAGAUUGUUGAAAGCUAAGUAUUGGAGAAAAGUUUCACCUGAUGUAAAACAAGGGUUGAAGCAGAAUAUGCUGGAAGCUUACGUCAAGGAAACUGAGAAAAGUGUUAGGAAUGCUAUAGCUGAAUUGAUAGGUGCAGUUGCAAAACAUGAACUAUCUGAUGGAAAGUGGCCAGAAUUAAUGGAACUCUUAAAUCAGAGUAUUCGCAGUAAUAAUGUGACUGAUAGAGAGGUUGGACUAUAUUCCAUGAGUGUAAUCACUAAAGCUUUAGGACAAAAACUUAAACCUCACUAUAAAAGUCUGCUUGGUCUCUUUCAAAAAACCCUGACUGAUCGAUCCAGUGUUGAAAUCCCUUAUUAUACUAUUAGAGCAUUAACUCAUAUGGUAUGCAGUAUUGGAACAGAAGAGUUGAACUUGUUUCAGUCUUUGGUGCCAAAUAUCAUCAUGAUGAUUAAACUUUUAGCCUCUGAUGAUCAGGAAAAAGCUUGCGAAUCUCUGGAAGUAUUUGACGAACUUAUAGAAUCUGAAGUUUCGGUCAUCUCCCCUCAUAUUAAGAGUCUAAUUGAAUUAUGCCUUGAGAUAGCUUCCACUGAAAAGUUUGAUACUGAGUUCAGAGUAAAAGCUGUAAACACAGUUGCAUAUUUGAUUCGUUUAAAAAAGAAGGCAAUAAUGAAGCAGAGAUUAGUGCAGCCCAUAUUGGAAGUAUUUUUUCCUUUAAUGUGUCUGCCCAGUCCAAAUGAUGCUGAUGAUGAUAAUGAAGACGAUGAUGAUUUGGAGCAAACCUUACCCUCUGCUGCUGGACAAGCAAUUGAUGUUAUGGCAUUGCAGUUGCCUCCAGGCAAGUUUAUUCCACUACUGAUGCACCAUUUAGAACCAGCUCUGGAAAGUCAAAAUCCACUUUGUAAAAAGGCAGCCUAUUUAGCAAUUUCUGUUAUAGCUGAAGGUUGUUCUGAAUUUAUUAGAAACAAGUAUUUGCAAAGUUUCAUUCACGUUAUUUGUCGUGGUAUAAAAGAUCAGAACGCUAUUGUUCGAAAUGCUGCUCUGUAUGCUGUUGGUCAGUAUGCAGAAUAUUUGCAGCCAGAAAUAAGCACUUAUGCUCCGGAAGUACUGCCAAUACUUUUUGAAUAUUUGCAACAGACUUGUAUGUUAUUACAACAGGGAAACAAGGAUCCACCCAGUCUUAUGCGAACUUUUUAUGCUGUUGAACGUUUUUGUGAAAAUUUAGAAGAUAUUGAACCUUAUUUGCCAAAUCUCAUGAACUGUUUAUCAAUGUUUCUCACUAUCAACACAGAAAAGUCUAUUACUGUGAAAGAAUUAGCUAUUGAAGCCAUUGGUUCUGUAGCUGCAGCUGCCAAAUCUGCUUUUGUUCCAUAUUUUCCCGCAAUUGUGGAGCAUUUAAAAAGAUUUAUUUCUGAGAAGCAAACCGAUUCGACAAGACCACUUCAAAUACAGUCUAUUGAUACCCUUGCACUUAUUGCUAGAAGUGUAGGACCUGAAACUUUCUUACCAAUUGCUCACGAGUGUAUAAAAUGUGGUUUAUAUCUAAUGCAAGAAGUUGAUGAUCCAGACAUUCGACGAUCAUGCUAUUGUCUAUUUUCAUCCGUGUCUGUGGUUUUAAAAGCCGAGAUGGGACCAUACUUGUCUACCAUUGUAGAACGUAUGUUACUGUCAAUCAAAUCUUCAGAAGGAAUUAGCGUGAGUACAAGAUAUGGUGACACUAAUACGGCAUUUACGUUGUUUGAAGAUGCUGAUGAGGAAUCUGAAAAUGGUGAUAUGAAUGAUGAAAGUUUCACGAAUUUAGAAGAAGAAGAGGAUGAGGAUGAUGCUGAUAUAACUGGGUACAAUGUGGAAAAUGCAUAUAUGGAAGAAAAAGAAGGGGCUUGCUUAGCAUUGAAAGAAAUGUGUAAAGAAAUAGGUGUCAAUUUUCUACCGUAUAUUGAAGUUUCAUUUAAUGAAGUCAGAAAGCUCGUGGAAAGCCCAUCAGAUGAUGUUAGAAAAGCAGCUGUAAGUACUUUGGGACAGUUCUGCAUCACACUUAACCAGAUUUAUACAGAAACUGGAAACCUGGAACUCAGAGUUGCAUUGGAACAGAAUCUUGGUAUAUUGUUCCCUAAGCUGUUUUCACUAUCCAGAGAAGACACUGAGCAUACAGUAGUGCUUUCCUGCUUAGAAACACUGCAGAAUAUUGUUGACAAAAUAAAGCAAAAUGCUCUUCAUGCUGGAAAUUUAGAGUCAAUGAGCACUUUGAUGAAAGAUGUGCUCAGAAACAAACUUGCCUGUCAAGAUGAAGAUGAAGAAGGUGAUGAAGACAGUGCAGAAGCAGAGUAUGAUAGUAUGGUCAUGGAGUAUGCUGGUGAAUUAAUUGCAUCUCUAAUUAAAGUUGUGCCUUGGCAACAGUUUGCACCAUAUCUGGCUGGCCUGAUGCCACUUCUUUUAGCCAGGACUAAAAAAGCUUGCACAGUCUCAGAAAAGUCAUUUGCUGUUGGUACCCUAGCAGACAUUGUGAGUUCGAUGGAACCUGGAACUGUAAGGCCAUUUUUAAGCCAUUUGCAACCUGUUUUCCUCUGUGGUAUGAGAGAUGAAAAUGAGGAAGUGAGAAGCAAUGCUGUGUAUGGCCUUGGAGUUCUUGUAGAAAAUGCUGGAGAAAUAGUUUUUGAUCAAUAUCCUACAUAUUUACAAGCAUUAUCUAAUAUUAUUGCAACAGAAGAAGAUGGCAGAGCCAAAGACAACAUCUGUGGAGCUGUCGCUCGUUUAAUAAAAACUAACGUUAAUGGUGUACCUCUAAAGAAUGUUUUUCCUGUUUUGUUGCAGUCUUUACCCCUGAGAAUAGAUUUUGAAGAAAAUAUUACAGUUUUUGAAUGCAUAGCAUACUUAUACAGCAUUCGUUCUGAGGAGUUUUUUCACAACUUGCCAUUGGUCCUCAAAGUGGUGUCAGAAGCUCUAAUAAGUCAAAAAUUAAAUGAAAAAACAACUGUUGUUAUUAGUUCCUUAUUGAAGAAUAUAUAUACAGAACUUCCUAAUGAAUUUGAAACUGUAGUAAAAUCACUUCCACAGAAUAAUGCUGAAGCUCUUAUAAAAGCAAAAUCUAUGUAGGAAUGAAAUUAAUAUUGUAAAUAAAAUUUGCAUGGAGUGUCUUUUACAAUAAAGUAUAUUUAGAAAUUUUUGUAUUA